UUUAAAAUUUUAAAACUCAAAAAAUAUUCUGUUAUUGGUCCCCUCCAUUUCUUUUUAAAAAAUAUAGAUAAGCUGAACUGGCAGACUCAAGGAUCCCCCCUUCAACCUUCUAUUCCCUUUCCUUCCAUAAUACUACAAAUUUACAGAUUUUAAGGUGCAAUUCAAAUCAUAAUAAAUACAUUUACAUGGUGUUUGUCAGAAUUCCUUGGAUCUCCUUUCCUUCUUUCUUGUAAUCAAAUUAAUAUCACUCCCUUUUUUUGCUCAUCAAAACUCUAACUCCUCCACCUAAAAUAACUCCUAAAUUUCAUAAAUAAAUUCCUGAAAUACAUCUUUUUUACUCUCAUUUCAUUAGUUUGUACAAAGAUGAGAGACAUGGUAACAUGUUUUAGCGAACACGCGGUUCGGAUAUCCGAAACGACGUGUUCUAGUUACAUAAACCAAGAUCACCAACCGUGCCUCCUAUCGAAUCUGAAUCUCACCCCUUCUGUUCCAAAUGCUGUGAUUUUUCUCUAUAAAGCCGUCCUUCUUUCUGAACAAACGCAGUUCAUGAUUACUGUAACAUGGUGUAGGAACCCGCUCGGCCAGGGUGGUCUUAGCAUUAACUUUGGUGAUGACCCUUCUUCAGCCUCUUUUAAGCUCAACACAUUUUCUCGCCUUUUUCGUAAGAAGAAAGGCCAGAAAUCGUUCGAGGUAGACUCUUUAAAGGUCGAUGUAUACUGGGAUCUCUCGUCUGCAACAUACCAUUCCGGCCCUGAACCUGUAGACGGCUACUACGUAGCCGUAGUAGUUAACUCCGAACUCACCUUAGCUCUUGGUGACCUCGCUCAUGAAGCCGUCACCAAGAGACUAAAAACUGACAGUUCGUUGCUGUCAAAAUCAGUACAGCUCGUUUCUCGCAGGGAGCAUUACUCAGGAAACGCUCUCUACACUACUAAAGCACAGUUUUGUGAUUCUGGUAUAAGUCAUGAUAUUAUGAUCCGAUGCAGCGAAGAUCAUGAGAGGCUUAAGCAGCCUGUUCUGUAUGUAAGCAUUGACAAGCGGACAGUGAUCAAAGUUAGGAGGUUGCAGUGGAACUUCAGAGGCAAUCAGACCGUGUUCGUCGACGGGUUGCUGGUUGAUCUGAUGUGGGAUGUUCAUGACUGGUUUUUCAAUCCGGUUUCAGGGUCUGCAGUAUUUAUGUUCAAGACUAGAAGUGGAGGUGAAAGUAGGCUUUGGUUGGAAGAAAAAUUGGUACAAAAAGAUCAAGAAAGAGUUGAAUUUUCUUUGCUGAUUUAUGCUAGUAAGAGUUCUUAGAAAAUAAAUCUUAGUUUAAUUUGUUCUUCUUUUUAAUCAUCUAAAUUCAACUUUAGUUUUUGUUUCGGUUGAAUGUAAUUGCUGCUGAUAAAGAGGAAGUAAAUACAUAAAAAAAAUGAUUAUUUAGAAUGCCUCCGGUUUAAUUUUUGUGUUGUAUAGGGAGGCCGGAGGCACAACCAACUGUGAUGUAAACGGGUUUCGUUCCCAAUCGUCUUAGUCAUGAAAUGCAUUGAUUUGAGUCUUGUAUGAAUGUAUCUUGAAAAUUGAUCCAAUCUUUAUGUGAGCAAAAGAAUAACAUUAUAAUCAGGUUAAAGUAA